CAAUUACAUCCUUGGGAGAAAUAUUUAGAUGGAAUCUCGAGAAGCUCCACAAGAAACAUCUGCCGAUUGUAUCGCAAAACCUUCUACAUCAAGUGAACAAAGUUUACAUGAAGAUAAAGAUUCUAUGAAUUCGGCACAUCGUUAUGAACGUGCAGCAAGUAAAACUGAAUAUAAAGUUGAUUAUAGUAUUGUUAUUACAGAAUAUUCCGUGUCCGAUAGUUCUGAUCACGAGGUGUUGGAAUGUGAACCAGGAGAAAGUGAAGCAGAUUUGCCACGACAUUGGAGAAUUUGUAGUAAAAAUCCCAGACACACAGGGUUUAUACCUGUUAAGGAGUUGAGUCUCGUACAUGCCACUGUUACAAAUAAGGUUAAUGAGCUAGUCUCCGUGAUAAACAUUGUUGCUGAUCUCACUGUCAGAAUAGCUGUCUACUUCACAAGUUCUGCAAGGCCAAGUGUUAUUGAAGGGACAGAUGUCCCCUACCCUUGCGCCAGUUUACGAGGUAAAAAAUCUCUGAGAAUUGGGACAGGGAUGAUAGUUGGGGUCUCGAAAUACCAGGAAGAAGACAAAAUCACCUGUCAGUGUAAGGUGUGUAAAGUUUCAGACACUCCUCAAACCACCUGGUGGAGUGUGGGCGUAAUGACAGCCACCCACGUGGUGUUUGACGACAGCGAGGCUGAGAGUGCCACAUGCAGGCUGUUCUUUGACCAGGCGGACAGUCCAGUUGUGACGUUACAUGGCUGGAGAAUGUGGGACAUGAGCAUCAAGGGAGACACCUGCAGAUUUUCUUGUGCCUCACAUGACAUGGAGUUGUACGAGAAAGUCCAGAAAAUGUACAACAGUUACCUGUAUUGUCCACACAAGUUUGAAGAAGGCGUGUCUUUUAUUGUAUCACAUCCACACGGCUGCUCUAAGCAAGUCUCCGUAGGAAAAUACAAACAAAAACAUAUAAAGCACUUACAACUAUGGUACAACGCAACAAAAUACAGCUAUGAUUUAAGUACAUGUCCAGGAAGUAGCGGGGCUUAUGUGUUCACUAGUGAACACUUGCUUGUGCCUCACGUACACAGUGGAUGUAAAAAUGGCGUUAAUCGUAGUGGGGAAGGAUUUCAGGAGAAAUAGUGUCAUUAAUAUACUUAAAUGGCCAAUAAUUUAUCAUUUUCCUAAUUAACUAAUAAGUAAUUCCUAGUCUCAGUCAUAGCUCAGACAUGACAAUUACGUUUUAAAAAUUAAAACACUGUUACAUAUUUCGAGGAAAAAAACAAACUGUAUUAGUUAUCAAAUUAUUUAUCUAAGUUACUAAUAUUGAUUAUUACUAAGUCAUCAAGGAAUUAAGACAUC